UUAAACAGAUAUUUUUUUGAUACAAUACUAAUACAUACAAAAGUUUUGACUCAAUAAACAUUAAAAAGUUGUUAGAUAUUUGGAUAAAAUCCAAUUAAUAUACCUACAUUUUUUAAUAAGCACCCAUUGAGAAUUCAUUCAGAUUAUAACUAUGAAAUUUAUAAAGAGUAUAUUCUUUGUGUUCUUAGUUGCAAUUGCUUGUGCGGUGAAUACUGAUAAUUUGGUGGCCCUUGUACAGAUUUUUAGACACGGCGAAAGAACUCCCAUAGAGUUUUACAAAAAUGAUCCAUUUAAAGAUCAUUGGGGAGAUUUAGGAACAGGUCAGUUGACCAACGAAGGUCGUCGUCAAUUGUACGUUUUAGGUCAAUACACAAGACAAAGAUAUUCGCAAUGGUUACCACAAAAAUAUAAUAAAAUAUUCUUCAGAGCUGAAACCACAGACGUUGAUAGAACUCACAUAUCCGGACAAUCAUACCUGUAUGGACUCUUCCCAGCAAUAGAUGAUCAAAUAUGGCUUGAAAACGUCAACUGGCAAGCUAUUCCUCUUCACCCUGCUGACCCUAAGAUAGUUGCUUUUACUUUUACUACAUGUUUACAGGUUUUGCUUAAAAAUCUAUUAGCUACUGAUGAAUUUGUUAAAAUUAACAAAGAAAAUGCGGACUUGUAUGCUUAUUUGUCCAAAAACACUGGUAAUAACGUUUCAGAUAUAUACAGCAUCAUUUCUAUUUAUGAUGCUUUAUACAUUGAAAAUAAUGCUGGCUUAGAUCUUCCCAAAUGGACGCAAAAAGUCUUUCCAGAUCCUAUGAAAGACCUUUACGCAUUUUAUUUCAAAACGCUUACGUACACUGCGCAACUUAAGAGAAUUUAUGUUGGAACAUUUCUGAAUGAAAUAGUGGAAUAUUUUGAAAAAAUGGCUGCAGAUGCAUCGUCAGCUCCCAAAUUUCAAGUUUACUGCGCACACGACAAUAACGUGGCAGCCAUUUUAGACAGUUUUGCAAGUUUUGAACCUCCAUAUCCUCCAGAGUUUGGUUCUACCAUCUGGUUGGAAUUAAGAAAGACAAUUAAUGAUAUACCGUAUGUGAACGUGUGGAGCAAAAAUGGCGAUAACGUCACUCAAAUUAGUAUAAACGGAUGUGAUUUGGAUUGUCCUUUGUAUGACGUUAAAUCAAAAUUAAAAGAGAUUCUUGUUGAUGUCGAUACAGUAGAUAAAGAGUGCUCUAGUAUAAUAAAGAAGCAUUGAAAUUUUGUAUAUUCAGCUACUGAAGAGAAAUAUAUUUUAUUAAGCCUUAAAAAUCCGUAUAAAUUAUUCUUGAAAGCAGAAAAUUUACAGAUCACUUAUUAAGGUCUUUAAUUUAUUUUUCUAUUUACC